AUGCAACAUUGCAAUAGUAAUGGAUCUGAUGAUGAAGACGAUCAAAAAUGUCUGGCAACUACAACUCCAUUUGAUGGACAAGUAUUGAUAUUGAGUGAAUCUGGCAAACCGAUUUUCUACAGCAAAGGAGACGAAGAUGAAAUUUGUUCCUUUUUUGGAGUUAUCUCAAUUAUUGUACAACGAUACCAUUCUUUGGGGAAUGAAGACGGGAGAGAUUCACUUUUAAGUAUUCAAAGAAGAGAUUUAUUUUUCCAAUUUCUUUAUAGAAGUCCUUUGAUCCUUUGUUUGGUUUCUAAACAACCUUGUAAUUUACAUAUUCAAUUGGAUACAAUUUAUAAUCAGGUUUCUUGUGAUUUAAGGAAAAGAAUUUUGCUAGGGAAUUGGGGCCCUUUUUUAAGGGAACGGGAUUCAACAACCGACUGUCACCUUUUUAAUGAGUUAUUUCUUGAUGGAGAAUGGCGUGCCACUAUAAAACACCUUUUAGCUGAAGGGCAGGGGUCGGUCGGAAAUGACGAGGGUGUUGGAAAUCGGAACUGGCUCAAAAGUCGGAAAUCGGAAAUCAGCUUAAAUUUUCGGAAAUUGGAAGGAAAAACGUCGGAAUUCCGACCGACACCUGCUGAGGGGACAGCCCUGCUGCCUCUAUUUUUUAGCCUCCCAUUGGCUCCCAUUUUUGAGUACCUUUUAAGUUCAUUUGGUUGA